AUGGGAAGACCCAUCGAAUACUUCGAAGAUGACGAUAGCUCGCAUUGGAGCAGCGACCGCGCCGAGAACGAUGUGCCUCCAGCCAAUCUCCCCGAUAUCAAUGACAACAUCUCCUUCAAUGGAGACAGCACGACUGCCGAUACGAGGAACCAUGGCGGAAGCGAUGGUGUCCAGCAGUUCAAUUCUCCUGCAUCAAUGCAACCAUGGCAGCCAAUCGAGCUGGAUCCACCUUCUCUGAAUAGCUUGGGUCCCAACAGCAUCGAGCGCACGCGACCUGCAAGAUAUCUUGCUGAUCAGGCGUCCACUCUUCCUCUUCCAGCCCCUGAACCUCCUAUCCCGACCAACGGAUACGUUCCGCGCCAUGAUCCUGGCUGGCCCCCUUACGAACUCCCUUCAUACCUCGAAACUGAACCACGUUCUAUCUUCUAUCGUUCUAGACCCUAUGCUUUUGCCCACCCCAGCUGGGAUCCAGUAUUUCCUGCAAAUCCUUCUACACAACCCGAGCGGCACGGCUAUCCUGGAAGUCCAUAUGCUUACCCUCGCUACCCGCAGCUUGCAGAACAGGAAGCAGAAUGGCAGCGACACCUCGCCCGCAGCCAGCAGAGCUCCCGGGGCUUUAACGCACCGACCGUGUUCCCUACAGGACGACCACAUACGCAUCGGGCAGCCGACCUCUAUUGGGUGCCAGCUGAUGGCCAGCGUUCUCAAUUGACUCGUGUCGAGUACCGUUGGCACACCCAACCUUCGAAUCACUUCCAUCCCGGCGACUUUUUGGACCUCCCUAGCGUCGCUUCAUCCGGUACAUAUGAUGCGCAAAUUGAUGCAUCAUCACAUCGAGACCAUGAUAUGAGCGACCCCUUUCCCAUGACCCCCGAGGACUUUGACCUAAUUCCAGAAGCAAUUGAUGGCUCGCGCGAUAGUGAACCCAAUAAUCUAUCUCGGGGACCGGAGCCGGACAACAGCCGUUAG